ACACAUCGCAUUUUCUCCUUAUCAGAUUGAUUUUUUUCAAGAUGAGGCUCCAAGGCAUCACGGACACGCUUGGUAACCUGGCGUUAUCAAAUCCGCAUCGUAUUCUCAUCGUUGGCUGCGCAUACGGUGGCAUCUCCGCUGUCGUCAAUCUCCUCGAGUACUCCCAGGGCAAAGCACGACAAAGCGUCUACCCAGGUCCCGAUUUCAAAGGCGCACGGAGUAGGAGAGGGCUUGAAAUUACCGUUAUCGACGAGCGUGAUGGAUAUUUCCACUCGGUCGGCGCUCCUCUGGCGCAUGUUGCUCCAAAAUAUACCGGCUAUAUGUGGAGGCGAUUCAGCCACUUGAAUGAAUUGAAGCACCCAAAUCUACAUUUCAAGCAUGGUAGUGUCAAGAAUAUUAACCCCGAGGACAAGGUAGCCGAGUGGUCUGAUCGCAAUGGGAAGACGCAGCAACAGCCAUAUGAUUACCUAGUCAUGGCUACCGGGCUGAAGAGACACUGGCCCGCUGUACCAAAGUCAGGCAGCUACGAAGAGUACCUGAGAGACGGAAAGGCGUUCAUCGAGAAGAUCACUGGUGGUGAUCCGGCCAAGUAUAAGGGGAGGAGAGUGGUGGUCAUCGGUGCUGGCGCGGUGGGCGUUGAGUUCGCGGGCGAGAUCAAGAACUACUACCCUGAAAUCAGCGUCACACUCGUCCACUCACGCGCCGAAGUUUUAUCAUCCGAGCCGCUCCCAUCAGACGUAAAGGAGCGCGCAAAGAUUCUUCUGAAAGAGGAAGGCGUUGACCUCAUUCUCGGCAGCCGCGCAUCCAUUGAAAACCUACCAAACGGCCAGUUCACCGUCACACUCGCAAAUGGCGAAACCAUAACAGCAGACUUUGUCAUCGACUCCACGAAGAAAGGGACACCGACCACCCAAGUCUUGCCAGCUGAGUGCCUAAAUGAAGAUAAAGAAAUCAUGGUGCACCAGAGCCUUAUAUUCAAAGAUACCAUCGCAAACGCAUCGAGCCAUUUCGGUGUCGGAGAUGUAAUCGCUUGGUCAGGCAUCAAGCGUGCCGGCAGCGCAACAGUCAUGGGCCAAACCGCCGCACAGAACGUCUACGCCGCCGUUCUUAACGCUGAACUCUCUCCCUCAGCCGAGCAGUAUCCUACAACCGAGCUGCCGGCUUGGGAAGCAGUCAUCGGGCUUGCAGUGGGCAAACAAUGCCUUACAUAUGAUUCGAACAGUGGCAUCAAAUACGGUGUCGAGGUCAUGAAGGGAUAUUUUGGAGAGGAUCUAGGCUGGGCGGCCAACUUGAAGUACUUGGGUCUGACGGAUGUUGUUGAGAAGGUGGAUAGCCCGAGGGAGGAGCCUGAGGCAGCGAAGAUGGCUGAGGUUGGCAUCAAGCCUGUCAGUGCCGCUGCAUGAGCAUCUCAAAGUUCAAACUAUUAGGUCUUGGUAUCAUGUGAACAUUUAAUGGCGGUCCGGUGU